GAUAGUUUUGGUAGUUUGUGGAACAGAGCACAGUUCUAACGGACGGAAGUCAGUCGUAGAGGACGCUGUUGCAGGUUUUUGACGAGCGCUUGUGCUCAUGUUCUGGAAUCUUCUGUUCUGGAAGUUUUGACUGCCGAGUGUGUCAGAAAAAAAUGAGGGAGCUGUGGUGGUUGAUUUUCUUGUUCCUCCUUUCCAUUCAAGACGACAAUGCCGUCGUCGUCUGCUCGCGUAGUUCCGGACCGUUGCGCGCAAGGCGCAGUGCGUGGGACCCCAACGUGACGCUGGACGACCCCAGCCUCCUGCACCUGUGGGAGCCGCCGCACGUCACGACGCCCAGGACGAGGACCGUGAUCUACGCCAAGAAAGGCAGCACUGUCGUCCUGACCUGCAUCGCCACCGGCUUUCCUGCUCCCACCUAUCAAUGGACGUUCAAUGGAGCGGACACCCCCAAGUCCUACUUCUUGGUGUAUCCUAACGGCUCCGCACUCAUCCACCAAAUGAGUGAGAGAGAACGAGGGUACUACCAGUGCAGUGCCACCAACGUGCAUGGAACCUCCUUGUCAGAAGUCCUCGACGUCCGACCGAUAGUGGAAAGUCCUUUCAAUGUCCUAGCAACCGCGAAUCUGACUGGCAAAGUGGGGCAGGGCAUAAGCAUUCCGUGUUUCUACAAACCGUUCUUCGAUCCUCCUGGAACGAUAGACUGGUACACACAGAUCAGGGACAGGCCCAUUAAUGAUGGCAGCCAGAUCAAGAAAGACUCAAGAAUCUACGUGGACGUCAAUGGCACACUAUACAUCACUAGACUCGAAGCGGCUGACGAUAAAGCAGACCGUUUCUAUGUUUGUGCCGUCAACUCCAAGGACCAGUCGACUAUUACCCUGGGAAGAAAGAUGGUCAUCCUUAAGGUCCAGCCACUUCAGUCAGGUGAGAACCAACAGUCGCCUCCCAAGCUGCUGAGCUCUACCAAGUACUUGGAGGUGGACGUAGGCAAAGAAGCGAUCAUGGAGUGUAUUUUUGCAGCGAACCCUGAUGCAACUCUCAAGUGGUUUGACAAGACAAACCGGGAGAUAGGAAAUUCCAGCAGGACCAACGUCACCGACUUUGGCCGGAGGCUGCGCAUCCAGUCGGUAACCACGGAGGAUGAAGGCAGCUUCCGGUGUCAGGCUGACAACAGUCAGGGUGGCGACGGUGCAUUUGUCUUUCUCAACGUCACAUCCCCGCCCAUGUUCGUCAGAAACCAGUCCAACGUGCUGGCAUCGAGAGGAGGGGACGCUACUUUCGUUUGUGACGCUAAGGAGGCACCUGGAGAGUUCCCGUUACCUCCCCCGAGGUGGUUCAUCAACGGACGACCACUUGAAUUAGAAGUCCACCCCAGUGAGUACACGCUUAGCCCCGACAAGAAAAGGGUUACUUUUCGUGGGUUGACUGACAACAGCACCCGGGGUAUUCAGUGCAACGUCACGAAUCAGCGAGGUUACGCCUUCUGGGACGGGUACCUCAAAGUCAUCGAGCCGAUGACGAUAAAAUUCAAACCGAAUCGGACCGUGGCCAUCAAGACAGGCCAGCCGGUAGAGCUCAGUGUGGUGGCGACCUCUGACCCCUGCUGCCCUCAUCAGUUCGCGUGGCAGCUCAACGGCACGAACCUCACGGAGACGCAGCUGCAGCAGCCUCCCUUCAGCUACAGUGUGUACGGCGAGUCCGCCCGACUUCGCAUCGACGCCAACACCACCGACGACGUACUGAAGGCCCUGGGGACCUACCGCUGCAUCGUCUACCACCGCGUCUACGAGGACCCGCUGAUGGUCGACGUCAUCGUUUAUCUAUCGCCUGCAGAGCCCGUGCAGCAGGCAGCCAUCCAUCUGUGGUGGCUCGGUAUCGUCUUUGUCAUCCUUAUAUUGAUCAUCGUUGGGGUCGUCAUCUUCCUCAUGGUCCACUACAACUUCCCUCGUCAGGCUUACUUCCGUAAGGAUUAUCUGUCCCUGGCUCUUCCUCCUGUUCAUUGUUGUCUCUUUCUCUCUUCCUUCUCGUUCGCCUCUUCUUCUGUCUGGUCAUGAUCUUUUUGUGUUUCCGGAAGUCAGGUUAGCGUCUUCUGAUUAUACGCACUAAUAGCAAUUUGCCGGAUUACAGUAUAUCGGUUGCGUUUCUUGAAUUUUACAGAGCCAGUUAGUUAUUGUCGGUUAAAAUGGUGAACAUGAAAUCCGCGAAACUGGGUCUUACUGGGACCUAAGCCAAGCGUUGUACAUGAAAUCUAGCUUAAACACACGUGUGCAUUUUCUCUCUCUCUCUCACACACACACACACAAACACCCGACUGAAUAUUUAACCACUGCCAGGACCCUCAGAAAAGUUUGUUUCAACGCUUCUGUUUUCUGUUUAAAUGCGUGUUCCCCCCCCCCCCCUUUUCAUUCGAGAAGGAGGAGCUAAAACAUCGACUGGACCCAAAGAAAGACAUUCUUGACCAAUCUUUUACCGAGAUUUAACUCUGUACACGCUUGAAUCAGCUUCAACUGGAAAUGUACAUGCUGACAUCUGGCGUGGUUUGAUCUCCAAAUUAAUUGGUACAAAGAGAUUGCUAGAAGUGUGGAUAGGGAGACUGUGUUAGACGUGUGAACGUGGAUGCUUGACAGCGCAUGCGCGCGCGUGUGCCAAGGGGAGUGCAUGUGAGUGCUUAUACCGAGAUUAAAAUACGUGUGUUUAUGUCAGCUUGCCUGCAAACCCAUCCCCCCUGACCCCCCCCCACACACACACACAGACAAAAAGGAAGAAGGGGAGAGAACUCUCUCUAUCCAGCAGAAAUGAAAGACUGAAGCAUUAGAUGAGGUAACUACGACAGAAGGAGAAAGUUAAGCUCCACAUUCCUCCUGCCAUGCCCUUGUGAAAUUAAAGAUGAAGAGU